GCCGGCCCCGCUCGUCGCCUCCCUCGGCUCGGCCCUAUCCACCCACCCGUCGACGGAGGACGGACGGUCUCCUUAAAUCCGAUCCGCGGAUCACCACUACCACCACCAUUACCGCGCCUCCGCUCCCUCGCCCCGCUCUCCCCUUUCUUGCGUGCCCACCCACCCGCCUCACUCCCAACCCAACCACCACUCAAGGUCGGCACUGCCGCUGCGACUUCUUGGUGAGCACUCGGAUCAGGUUUCACAGGCGUCGGACCGCGAGGAAGCCGCCGGAUCUUCUCCGACGUCGGUGCCGAGAUCCGGAGUGCAAAUCUGAACCCCGUGCGUCUCCGAGCCUCAGGGGAUCUCCUGCGGGAUUUUGAUUUUGGGGAUCGUUCUUGUUGGAUAACAGUUCAGCGGCCGUCCGAUCUGCGCUCUCUACACCAGUGAUCGCACUCUUGCUGCUGUCGCCUGCUGCUGCGGUUGGUUACUCAGGGUUUGCAUCAGGUCCAAAGAUGACUUUGCGCAGCAUAGUUCGCGAUUUAAGGGAGAGCUUCGGAAACCUGUCAAGGCGGAAUUUCGAGGCGAAAAUCUCAAGCGUCCCAAGCCUUUCGGGCCAUCACCGAGGGAAAUCGCUUGAAUCUGCAAGUGAUCUGCAGGAUAGUCUUGUCACAAACCUGCAAGGCAAUUGGGCUAGCCUUCCUCCUGAAUUACUUCGGGAUGUGAUGAAAAGGCUGGAGGAAGACGACAGCAAUUGGCCGUCCCGCAAAGAUGUUGUUGCCUGCGCUUCUGUCUGUACAACCUGGAGAGACAUGUGCAAGGAUAUUGUGAGGAAUCCAGAAUUCUGUGGAAAGCUCACCUUUCCUGUGUCCCUUAAGCAGCCUGGAUCUCGAGAUGGAUUGAUCCAAUGUUUCAUCAAAAGGGACAAGUCAAAGCUGACUUAUCGUCUCUACCUGUCCCUUACUUCUGCUGUGCUUGAUGAUAAUGGCAAGUUCCUACUGUCAGCUAAAAGGAGUCGGAGAACAACUUACACCGACUAUGCCAUUUCUAUGGAUCCUAAAAAUAUAUCCCGGUCAAGUAGUGGCUACAUCGGGAAAUUGAGGUCAAAUUUCCUCGGCACCAAAUUCAUCAUCUACGACACGCAGCCGUCCUACAAUGCCAGUAAACUCUGCCCGCAGGAACGGACCAGCCGGCGGUUCUCCUCCAGGAAAGUCUCCCCCAAAGUUCCAGCGGCGACUGGCAGCUACCCCAUCGCUCAGGUGAACUACGAGCUGAACGUGCUCGGCACCCGCGGGCCAAGGCGGAUGCAGUGCACCAUGAACUCCAUCCCGACAUCGGCGGUAGACCCUGAUGGCGUUGUGCCUGGCCAACCGAAGGAGCUCCUCCCUCGGCUAUUCGAGGAAUCCUUCCGCACCACCGCAAGUUCCCGGUACUCCACGGACUUCAGCAGCUGCCACUUCUCCGAGUUUGGGGGAGGGCCUCUGAGAGAAGAAGGUGGCGACGAAAAUGCGGGGGACAAGGAGAGCCCGCUGGUUCUCAAGAACAAGUCGCCUCGGUGGCACGAGCAGCUGCAGUGCUGGUGCCUCAACUUCCGGGGGCGCGUCACGGUGGCCUCGGUCAAGAACUUCCAGCUGAUCGCCGCCCCCGCCCCGCCACCGCCAGCCUCCGGAGGAGAGGCGGCUCCCGAGCCGUCUUCACAGACGCAACCGCCCCAGCAGCAGCCUACCUCUGCUGCCGCCGCGCAGCCCCAGCCUGCUGGCAGUUCCUUGUCGGCGUCGUCGUCCUCGUCCUCGAGCCACCACGACACGGUGCUGCUGCAGUUCGGCAAGGUGUCCAAGGACACCUUCACCAUGGACUACCGGUACCCGCUGUCGGCGUUCCAGGCCUUCGCCAUCUGCCUGACCAGCUUCGACACCAAGCUGGCGUGUGAAUAAACAGAUUCUCAGUACAACAUCAGCGGUCAUUCAGUGUCCCCUCUAUGUCGAGCUUCCCGCCCGGGCCUGGGAACAAACGAGCGAACGGAUGCAUCAAGUGCAGGACUAAAUUUCUCUGCAGCAUACAGCUACUGUUGGUUCAGUUUCAGUCCCCCCAUUGUGCCUGGUAAAGGUGUUAUCAAUAGGUAGGGGAGAUGAUGUGCUUGUUAAAGCUGUUGAUAGGGUUAGGGGCUGAAGGUGUCUGUGGUUCAGGGACAGGCUUCCACUAAGGAUGUGAUUGCUACCUAUGCCUGUCUGAUGCUGCCUCUGCCUGGGACUGGUAUGAAAUGUGGAUUAGAGAUGUUGAGUUGCAAGGUAGUGCUAGGGAUGUUGUGGUCUUGCAAGGUUGAGUUGUCCUGGUCUCUCAGUUUGGGGCAUUGUAUCUGGUGGGUGCUCAGCCCAGACAGCAUACAUGUACUAGAAGUUACUUGAGUGCUGGACUGAUGUGACCAUGGAUGUAAGAAAUCUUGAUUUGAUCAGUUGAUUUGCUUGCUUG